CGUUGACAAAUUCUCGAGUAUUGUAGUCCUACGUACAGUACUGUACAUACUACCAUGCAACACCCAAUUUGCAAUACAAUAAAAAAUCCUGGUUGGUGUUCACAAUAUCGUUACCAGUUGUUCGCGUUUGUUCAUACAGUAUCAACUCAUUUACUUCACCUUUGCUUCUUCGACAUCUUCCUGGGGCGUCGGGCUUUCCGAGCUCAACGGGACCUUCUCCAGCUGCGCCUCUUCGUCAUCUAUGUCCGUUGAUCGUUGUCUUCUCUUUCGACACAACAGCGUCGCCACGCCCACCAGGACGAGCGCACUGAUGGCGCCCGCGGCCAGGGCGACCCCCGCCACUUUGGUUUUGUCUUGGACGAUGUCGUGCAUCACGCCUUGAGCCAUCGACGACAAACUCGUUUCGUUGGUUGGGGGGCGGACGUAGUGCAGCGGUUGCGCAUCAAAGCGCGCUUUUUCAUGGGGGGACUCACACACCCCGACCCCCGACUUGGCGUCGACCGUGAGCCAGUUGAUCAAGACCCCCCAUCGAUCCUCCCACCCACACUCGGUGAGUCGCAGCGCCGGGGCUUUGUCUGUGACACUGUUCGGUGGCUCCAACAAGAGCGAAAACUUGCCAGCCAGCGCCACGAGAUCCCGCAGCCGACAGUCGGCGUGUGCGACAACGUGAUAUGUGCCGUUCCAAGUCUCGACAAACACAGGUUCGGCUUUAAACAAUGUGCACACGUCGUAGUUAUCGCGGUAGUGCGCAAACGCGUCGUUCAUGGCAGCCCACACAUGUUCUGGGGCGGACGGGACGACUUGCCAGCCAAGUUCGGGGGGUGGAAUCGUGAUCGUUGUUGGAGCCGCCGUCGGGUGACUGGAAGGGGGGGUAUGGUAUUUGAGUGGGGGGGUGGCUGGUGAUGGCGACGUUGUCGCAUGAAAUGUGGUAGCUGGGAGGGUGGAGCUAUGGGGUUUGGUCCAUUCCGGAGUGUUGGCCGGUGGAUGCUUCUUGGUGUGACGUGGCGAGGUGUCUGGCGUUGUGGAAGGAUGAGAUGGGGCAACGAUCGUGGCAUCGGACAACGACGAGUUAACUGGCGCGGACGACGCAUUGGUGGAAUUGAUGCUGGCAAGAUGGAGUCGGCCUAUUGGUGGCGAAGUGGUUGACCGAACUGAGGACGGGUGGACCACGAUGGUAGCGUCGUGAGUUGCGAUGCCACCGGUCGAAGGCGGCGGCGGGAUUGGCGUCGCAAAUAACACGACGGCGAACGACUCGUCGUCGACGUCGUCCUCAUCUUCAUAAUCGUUCUCGUUGUCAUCAAGAUCGUCGUCGACUAGGUCCCCGGGACACGGGUCGAACUUGCAGUGGAGUUCCUUGUUGCGGUAGACUUUCGUUCCGUCGUCGCACACUUGGUGGUCACGCUUGCAAUGUUUGCUCUUCUUCGCCAUGUCCUCUGCAUCCACGCCAGACAAGGCCACCAACGCCACCACCGUCAUCAGCUUGACCCAGCUUAGCAUUAUUUGUCGUGCCAGCAAUGAAAAAUGCAACGUGGUUGUCGUUGGCGCGAC